AUGCAUGCAAUAAUUUUGAAAUAUUUUAUGUAUACAAUAAAUUAUUAUAUUUAUGCAUGCAAUAAAUUAAAAUAUUUAUGUAUACAAUUAACUAAUAAAUUUAAAAGACUUUUCUAUGCAUUUAUUAAAAAAAUAAAUUUUAAAAUAUUUUAUCUGUGUAUUUAUUAA